CGACAAGGCUGCACAUUGUGCUCAGACCGGCGAGCCAGCCAAGGUUACACAGGCGUUUUCUCUCCCCGCCUCGGAAGGUGACAAAUGGAGACCUUCAAUCAUCAACUGAACACUUACAUAGAGUCAUGGAUGGGUCCCAGAGAUCAGCGUGUGCGGGGAUGGCUGCUGCUCGACAACUACCCACCAACCUUUGCACUCACAGUCAUGUACCUCCUGAUUGUGUGGAUGGGGCCCAAGUACAUGAAACACAGGCAGCCGUUCUCCUGCAGAGGCAUCCUGGUGCUCUACAAUCUGGGCCUCACACUCUUGUCCUUCUACAUGUUCUAUGAGCUUGUUUCUGCUGUGUGGCACGGUGGUUACAACUUCUACUGCCAGGACACUUACAGUUUACCGGAGGUGGAUAAUAAGAUCAUAAAUGUCCUGUGGUGGUACUACUUCUCCAAGCUCAUUGAGUUCAUGGACACCUUUUUCUUCAUUCUACGAAAGAAUAAUCACCAGAUCACGUUUCUUCACAUCUACCACCACGCCACCAUGCUGAAUAUCUGGUGGUUUGUUAUGAACUGGGUACCCUGCGGCCAUUCGUACUUCGGCGCCUCCCUAAACAGCUUCGUUCACGUCGUGAUGUAUUCUUACUACGGCCUGUCAGCCGUUCCAGCCAUACGGCCGUAUCUUUGGUGGAAGAAGUACAUCACACAGUUUCAGCUGAUCCAGUUCUUUUUAACCAUGUCGCAGACCCUGUGUGCAUACUUUUGGCCGUGUGACUUCCCCAGGGGGUGGCUGUACUUCCAAAUAGGCUACAUGGUCACGCUCAUUUUCCUUUUCUCAAACUUCUACAUGCAGACUUACAAGAAGGACAGUGGUUCUCUAAAGAAGGAGCAUCAGAACGGCGCGCCUGUAUCGACAAAUGGACAUGCAAAUGGGACGUCAUCUUUGGAGCACACUGCACACAAGAAACUGAGGGUGGAUUGACAUUUGAGAAAGCGCCACCUCUCAAUUCUCAUUGAAGCGUGUUAGCUAAUGCUGCUAGGAGGUAUAUGUAUCUUCUUAUCUAGAAUAGUUUAGCACUCACUUGAGAUUUAAAAAAAAAGCCAUAGUCACAUAUAUCCAGAGACUUUCCAUGUUUUUGCACACGUUCCUACUCAUGAAUUAUUAAGUUAAUAUAGAAGAGUAAUGUAGUAUGGUUGCACAAUAAUGACUCCCCAACCCUCUAGAGGAAAUUCACUCCAAUGCAAAAAAGCUCUCUCUUGCUACCAGCAAACAAACAAACAAAACAGUUUGACUCUUUCAAUGAUGCUUUACACACAAAAAGGUCCAAAGAUGAAAGCUGCAGUGAGUGCGUUGGCGGCUGAAGGUUCAUCACACUCAGUGACGUCUCCGUUUCAACAACCUAAGGGACAAUAAACUAACACUGUGCUUACUAUGCUCCUUAAUGUGUAACUAGAGCAUGCAUCUAGUGUCUCGCUUUAUCUCACUCCUGCCUGUGCUGUUACAUAAUCCUAAAUUUCGCCAUGUGUAGUACUGUAAUGCAUUUUUAUUGACAGGUUGUAACAGCAGACGCUUUGAUGUAUAUUUGCAGAGCAGGGACUUAAAUUUGGAAUAUUUAGCCAUCUUACCAAAGCAUAACCAAAGCUUAGUGGACUGCUUUUGCAAAGUUUCAUAUUUAAACCAGUUUAGGACACAUUGUUAGAGGGCAGUUAUUGUGUUUUAUGAGCACAAUAUAAACUCAAUUUUCCUUAACCUCCUCCAUGUUUUAUAUAUAUAUAUAUAUAUAUAAGCUGUUGUUUUGUCUCACACUGUUCUAUAAUAUCUAUUAUAGGUUCAUCCAGUGAAUGCAAUAAGAAGUUACACUGGAAUUAAUUAAAAAGUUAACGUCCAUUAGGUCUGCAAUGUAGCUGCUUUUUUGAAUUUAGGUAUCAAAUGAAUAUUGUCAUAGAGCAUAAUUCAAUGCUAAACACUCAAGUAUCUUAUAUUCUGAUCACUUUUACGAUACGUUUAGUUAUUAUUGAGCGGAAGUUGAAAAAAUAAUCUUACCACAAGGUCCAUUUAUUAGAUGCACUGGGGCUUUCGAUUGUCACAUGAUCUUCUUCAACACAUUGAUUUUUCCCAGCUGUUAAUGCAAGUCGUUAAAAUUAUAAGAAAAAAAUAGAAAUGUAAACAUCUGCAAUUUCAUACCAACUGAGUAAAAAGAGGGAUAUAAUCAAAAGCUCCAGAAACGCUACUAAUUGGACCCGGAGAGGCGAUUGUUUUAUCAAAUAAUAUAUAGGGUUUUUUAAUUAUUAUUUUUCCAGUAUUUACAUCAGUGGGGUGCCUUCUGGACCAGUUGAUUUCUAAUAUAGUAUUUUUAACUUUUUUCAGUAUGCUAUCAUUAGACUCAUGUUUGUCCGUCUUGGACUAAUAUGUGUCAGACCUCCAGUUCAAAUCCUGUGCCUGAAGCUUUGUAUUUCUGUUUAUGAAAAUAUCAAAUGGCCUGAACAUCAUUCCUAACAACUGACACAUACUAAACGCAACAAUGAUGUUUAUCUUAUUAAAGGAAUAAUUGGGAGAUAUGCUUGUUCACUUUCUUGCUGAGAGUUAGAUGAAAAGACUGAAAAGUAGACAGUUUAGAUACAUUUUACUUUUGAUAGACUGAAAACCCAUUAACCCUUAGCUAACUGAUCCAUUUCAGGAAAUAACUGAUGUAAUAUAAAAGAGGCACUAUUCCUUUUAGUAUGAAAGAACACAAGCAUAAUUCCCAAAAUGUCAAACUCUUCCUAAAACAUUUUCAAAAUCUUCAGUUACUCAUUUUACCAUAUUAACAGGUUUUUGCAAAAAUGUGUAACAUGAGAAUUAAUUGUUUGUUUUUUGGUGAAAGAAAGAAGGUUGUAGUCGUCCAACCAUUCACUCCUCUGUGUUCCUAAUGUUUAUGUAAUUUUAUUUUUACCUCUACUAUUGCUUGGGGUCUACACAGUUGGUGCUGGUACAGAAAACAAAGGUACAAGGAUGUUUGAAUUAUGAACUGUGUAAAUGUGAUACCCUCGCUGUGGAGCACUGCUGUGCUGCUCUAUCACGCUGAAUCUGUUUCAUGAGGUACUGUAUGGCCUUAACCACUGAAUGAGCAUGACAUGUUGCUCAAAUGUAUAGGUGACCUAGAUUCACGUUCACUGCAUCAGAAAUUAUUGUUAAUUCUGAAUUAUACAUACAAUGGCCACAUUGUGUCUGCAUGAUGAAUCUGGUCCACAGAUAUCAGCUGAUAACAAUAAACGUGUUUAACAUGCAUGAGCCAUAUCUACUCAGAAACUGAAUUAUAAUUAAAUUAUUUCCAGCUUAAUGCCAUCCCUGUUACAGUUCCUCCUUGUAAAAGGUGAUAGCGCUGAAGGUAACAGGAUUUAUAUAUUUAAGGGCUGGAUUAGCAUUAAAAUACACCCCAAUUGGUGAAGGCCAAGGAAGCAUAUAGGUAUGUAAUGAUAUAUUACAUACAUUUUAUAGACUGUUAAAAUAGAUAUAUAUAUUUUCUGAAAUCUGGGGUAAAUCUGGGUUAACAUGUUGUGACUCAUGCUUUACUCAAUGUAACACAUUAAAAACAAACUGAGAAUGUAAA